AUGGACGUGGGAAGUCAGGUUGGUAGUGACGGUCAUAGUGAGCGACAACCCUGCCUGGCCCGGCCGUGUCGCUGGGGUCGGAUCGUGGUCUCGGCCUCCUUCUUCGCGUUCUUCCUCGAAAUGGGCUCCCUACAGACGCACGGGGUGUACAUGCCAGCUCUCCUGAAAGAGUUCGAAGUCGGAUCUAGUGAGCUGGGCUGGGUUGCAAGCUCUGCGCUCGCCGUUCUUUGCUUGUCAGGUGAUAAGCACAAUGAGUACUACAUGACAUGUGUUGAAGAUAAGAUCAUGGAAAGUGAGUCGCCGGGCCGUCAUGCUAGGAGGAACCAUGAUGGCUAUCGGAACAGGUUUGGCAGCCCUGGCGACUACCACCAUCCACCUCCUCGUUGUCUAGGACUAAUCGUAGGUUUGGGUGGGGCUUUGGUUCACGUGGGGCUGGUCUACGUCGUAGGACAAUACUACAGCAAGCAUCACUCUCUCGCCAAUGGCAUUGCCUUCAGCGGCAUCGGGGCGGGAAUCUUUGUCUUUUCGCCCCUUAUCCAGCAUCUCAUCGACACCUUCGGGUGGCGUGGGAGUUUCAUCAUCGAGAGCGCUAUCGUUGCCAACUUGGUCGUCAUGGGAGCCCUCUUUCGUCCAGUGUCCAGAUAUAAAACCAGACAUUUCCAAGAUGCUGAGGCUGUAAUGGAGAGUGGAUUUGAAAGUGAUGAACAUGCUGGAAGUGAAAAUUGUAACGGUGAUAGCAGGGAGUUUACAGGAGGCGGACUAAAGAAGCGACGCAGCCUCGGGGACCGGGCCUGGCUUCGCCGGUGCAGGAGGUACGGCUUGUGCACGUUGCUGUCGGACUCGCCGUCUCUACUGCUGCUUUACCUCGCGUGCUUCCUGCUAGAAGUCGGGUGCUCAGCCAUCAUUUUCCAUAUCACCAACUACGGCCGGGAGACCGGUUUUGAUGCCCAGCAGGCCUCGCAACUGCUGUCCUACUUCGGUAUCGGGGGAGUUGUCGGCCGCGCCUCUCACGGCCUGUUACUCAAGAUUCGACGCAUCACGCCUUACAGGAUGUUCGUAGCGGCCCUGCUCUUCUCCGCGCUGUUUGUCAGCCUGAUCAUUGUGCCGAAGUCCUACGGCGGGAAAGUUUUCUUGGUGAUUUCCUUUGGAACCACAAGCAGUGUGCUGUUUCCCCUCGUGGCCGUAAUCAUACGACAGUUUGUUGGUAUUGCCAACCUUCCACUGGCCUUUGGUCUGUCCAUUUUCUGCAACGGUGCUGGCACGGCGUUAGGAGGCUAUCUAAUCGGGGUUAUAAGGGACGCACUCGGGAAUUACAUCGCGGCAUUUUACCUCAUCGGUGUUUUCUUCAUCAUUUCGGCCGCUGUCUUGCUGUUACCACCCCUGUUGACGUGCUGCCGGAGACGCGCGCGCAACUCGGGAACACGAGAUGUUGAAUGAGCGACUCCAAUACGGGCGUUUCACAAUCCGCCCCGAGCUGAAGUGCACCCCCAAUCGGCAAAAGAAAGACAGGUGGUUACAAGCAGGUUCUUGCUCGCGUUCUGGUGCCAGACCAUACAUGCCGCAAUAAAUUAGUUUCGCAUAUAAUUGCGCGCCUCAUGGCGCGCCUAUGCGGGGUACCAAAAAACACGCCCUUUUUGUUCUGCCGGGAGCAUGCAUGCCUCCAAGAAUUAUUUUGCAACUCGUUGACCAAUCACAUUGCGCGAAAUCUGUCGACCAAAUGCGCGUUUGGAAAGGGUUGACAGAUUUCG